UCGGCGGUAGUUCCUUGAGACAAAAGUGAACCGUGUGGUCUGUGGUGGAGUUAGUGUCAUCAACAAAACGAGAGAAAAAGAUGUCGGUGGCCUGUGUUGCCCUCAGCCGAAAUGUUUUUGCCAUUAGGAAUUCUGGCAUGAUGGUGAUGGUGCGGUAUGCUCAGACUGCAGCUGCUCCAGCUCCUGAACCCAGGAUCAAAAAGUUCCAGGUUUACCGCUGGGACCCGGACACCGCUGGAGACAAACCACGGAUGCAGACAUAUGAAGUUGAUCUCAACACAUGUGGUCCAAUGGUUCUUGAUGCCCUGAUUAAGAUCAAGAAUGAAAUGGACCCUACGCUCACGUUCAGACGCUCCUGCCGUGAGGGAAUCUGCGGCUCAUGUGCCAUGAACAUAAAUGGAGGCAACACAUUGGCAUGCCUGAACAAAAUCGACACCAACACAAGCAAACCCACAAAAAUCUACCCACUGCCACACAUGUAUGUUGUCAAAGAUCUGGUGCCUGAUAUGAGCAACUUUUAUGCACAGUACAAAUCCAUCGAGCCCUACCUGAAGAAGAAGGACGAUAGUCAAGAAGGGAAGGAGCAGUAUUUCCAGUCAGUGGAGGACAGACAAAAACUGGAUGGCCUGUAUGAGUGCAUCCUCUGUGCUUGCUGUAGUACCAGCUGUCCCAGUUACUGGUGGAAUGGAGACAAAUACCUGGGUCCAGCUGUCCUCAUGCAGGCCUACAGGUGGAUGAUUGACUCCCGUGAUGAAUUCACAGAGGAACGUCUGUCUAAACUCCAGGACCCCUUCUCACUGUACCGCUGCCACACAAUCAUGAACUGCACUAAGACUUGCCCCAAGGGACUCAACCCAGGAAAGGCCAUCGCAGAGAUCAAGAAAAUGAUGGCCACUUACAAAGAGAAGAAAGCUGCAGCAUCAUGAGCACCUGAAAAUAAAACUGACUGGAGGUCUACCGACAUUACCUCAAACUAAGUGGAAGAGGAAAUGAUGGGCCAUUUUUUGCCUUCCUCAGGACUAUUUAUGAUUUGAAAGUAUCUGAGGUGUGGGAAUAUAAUUGUAUGUACAGUGUGAGGGAAAAAGUCAUGAGAGAAGCAUACAGGACAUAUUGAGUGUUACAACAUGUUGGACCACAGUUCUGCUAUUUGUCUGCAUAUUGAAAUUUGUUGUGAAAUUAUGUUCAUAUUUAAAUAUGUGUAGAUCUAAUUAUGGAGGUUUCACACAUAAAAAGUAACUAUUUGUCGACUGCAUUGCAACCUACAUUGUAGUAAAUAUAUGUAUAUAAUAUACUAAAGGAUCUGCUGUGAUGAGAAAAUAAACAACAAACCUUUUUUGUUGUGA